UUGCAGAUAUCUGUAAAUGGAUACAUCGGUUUCGCUACCGUACUGGAUCAAGGACCCACUAUCAACAUCGGUCCUGAGUCUACCGAUUGGCCAAAGCACCAGGAUCCAGCCAUGAUUGCUCCAUAUCUCUGCAAACAGCAGAUCCCACAAGAAAUGAAUCCGGGAAUGCGAUCGGGUGUUUUCUUCCGUUUGAUGAUGAGGCAGUCCUUGUUUGGUCGAGGAUCUGGCAGUAACAUGAACCUAGGUGGUUCGUAUCAGAGCAGCUUCUUUGGCCAGUCAGCUAUGCAGGCUUGUCAAGGAACAUCAGGAGGUUAUGUGCAUUGUGAUGUCAACAGUGACUACUUCAUUGAUGAAAUGAUGCGUUGGUUACAAGAAGGAGUCGCUGGAGCAGCAGCUUUCCGAGCUGAUGCAGCUUUGGUCGUCACCUGGUACAACACAGCUUCAGCCAUUUCCGGAAGAAGUGAUAUGGACGCUGGCCAACUUGCCACUUACCAACUCAUUUGGCUCACUGAUCAGGCUGCACGGCUAAGCUACGUGAUUCUUAAUUACGACAAACUCGGCUUUGAUGCUGCCGAUUUCCGAGCGAACUCAAGGAGUGGGAGGUGUCAGGCUGUCUUCAAUGGAGGAAACCAUACCGGUCUUGUUCCCGUUGAUCCAACCCAAGCGUUCAAGAACACUCCGAAGGUGCUUUCUCAACGCUCUGGUGUCCCUCACAUGGUACGUGGCCGUUAUAUGUUCCGAGUUGAUGAUGUUGUUCGACCAGCUGGUUGCAGUAACAAGACCGGAGGAACAUAUCCCAUGCUGAUUUACCCGAAUAUCGUGAAUAUGAUGGGUGAGAUGACGGUCGAUGUGAACGCAAUCUGUCUCGAUCGGUCUCAAACAUACAUCUUAAUGAUUGAGCAGCGUCAGACCGCUACCUGCACAGUGCUGAACCCGGCAAUAGCACGAUGCCAUCUACCAAAAAUAUACGAUUGGGGCACAAAAACUGUCUAUUUCCAGCCUCAAAGUGGAGGCGCAAAUGACGAGAAAGCCUUCGUUGGUUAUAUCUAUUUUGUGCCGCCCACCCUUGAUCCAAUGCGGCUUGAUAUUGGUAACAUCUAUGACUGGUUCAAAAAUCCUGUACCUUAUCCGGUCAUGCCUUUGAUCUGGUAUCCGAGAAACUUCACGAAUCCAGAUUUAGCCACACACAUGGAAACGGUCAGGAUCAGUGACGACGCGAUGUAUAGCGUUCAGCUUGGUCUCUAUGUUAUCGGCUACAGGGAGUAUAAAGAUGAUGGGAUCAAGAAAUUCCGACCAGAACAUAGGAUUAUCUGCCGAUUAGCUACUUAUUCUAAUCGCAACACUUACGAAUAUCGAUGGAAGCCUCAAGAAGAACGGAUAAAUAUCUAUCAGGUUGAACAGUGGUAUAUGGACGAAUGGCAACGAACUCAUGAACUGUACAAUUACCGUUUUGGGUAUCUGAAAUUGGCGCCGCUCAAGCCGAAUCAGAAUGAGCUCAAUCCAACCUUCCUUCUAUCAGGCCUCGUCUCAGCUCCGAUUUCGCUGCAUUGGCUGUGGACCACCAAUAACCCGGAAUUCUCCACAACGACUUUCUCUCAAGGCGAUGAAACCGCCAGGGUGGAAUUCGUGAAACAGAAGGCCCUGGAGAUGUGCCAUGACUGGUAUGACGAAGAUGGUGCUCAGUGGAAUUUCAUACGUGAUACCGAAACAAACUCAUCAUGCCCAUGUAUUGAAAGACAAGCAAUGGCCGACCUUGGUCGAUUCAUGCCACAUCCUAGAUGCUCUCAGGCAUUCCGUGAUAUCACCUGCACGGUAGCUAUCGGAGCACGGAACUGUUAUAUGUCUGCUCAGAAUAUCUACGGUUCGUAUGCUGGAAGUGGACAAGGAUAUGAAAGCGAGAAUACUGCGCGCUUCCCGACACACUACGGCCAGGUCUGUUGUUAUGAUGAUGCCGGUCAUUUAAUGCAGACCAGCUAUCAACCGGUAAUCAAAGUCACACCUGAUGUCCCAUAUAAUCCCGGUUUUCCAAUGAGAGCCUAUGAAUUCGGUACAGCUCCUUAUAUGGGACAAUAUGAAGUUCCUGGUCUGUCCGCCUUCCAUAACGAUUACAUGCCAUACUUUUUAUGCUGC